ACACUACAUAGUGCGGAAGGACGCCGCCAUUUUCCAGUCCGUUUUGUCCCAAAGAACACCGUAUUCACAAGAAGUUAUUAUAUUUAUUUGGAGCUUAACAUUUAGUAACGGAGACAGAAGUCAUCAUGGUGAAUGUGCCUUUGUUUAAUCCUAGCUUGUACUCUGGGAAGUGUUCGAGUGUGAAGCCCUAAGUGAACUUCAAUGUGGUGAGUAAGGGUGGGUGCGGUUUGGGACGCGGCCACAGGGCUCAGCUGAUCCGCAGGAACAGCGGUACACUCUCAGAUCCUCCAUAACGCUGCUCGCAGCCCUGGAGCACUCUGAGUAGUGUGUUAUGCUUCCAAAGUAGGAGAAAUUAUUAAAUGGUUUUGGCUGAUGGCGGCUGAAGCCCAGCCCCGUCCCCCGCAGACCCGAAAGCCCGUCCUGAUCAGCAAGAUCGACUCUUUCCAGGAUGUCGUGAACACGGCUGUGAUCAUCCCUAAAGAGGACGGAGUGAUCAGCAUGUCGCAGGACAGGACGGUGCGUGUUUGGCUGAAGAGAGACAGUGGACAGUACUGGCCCAGCAUCUACCACAUCAUGCCCGCUUCCUGUUCGUGCAUGUCAUUUAACCCUGAGACCCGAAGGCUUUCAAUCGGGAUGGACAAUGGAGUCAUUUCUGAGUUCUCCGUGUCUGAGGACUACAAUAAGAUGACUCUGGCUCGCACAUAUCAGGCUCAUCAGGGUGCAGUGACCGUGGUGUUGUUUGUGUUGGAGAUCGAGUGGGUCCUGAGCACAGGUCAAGAUAAGACCUUCACCUGGCACUGCUCAGAGAGUGGCCAUCAGUUGGGGACCUACAGGACCGCUGCGUGGGUAACUGGACUGCAGUUUGAUGUAGAGACCAGACAUGCGUUUGUUGGGGAUCACUCUGGUCAGGUGACCAUUCUGAAACUGGAACAAGACAACUGCAGUCUGGUCACCACCUUCAAAGGCCACACGGGCAAUGUAACAGCCUUGUGUUGGGACCCUGUACAGAGGGUCUUAUUUUCUGGAAGUUCAGAUCAUUCCAUUAUUAUGUGGGACAUCGGGGGUCGUAAAGGCACAGCCAUCGAACUGCAGGGACACAAUGACAAGGUACAAGGGCUGUACUAUGCUCCACACACUCGUCAACUUAUUUCUUGUGGAGCUGAUGGUGGAAUUGUCGUAUGGAACAUGGACGUCACACGACAAGAGACUCCUGAAUGGCUGGACAGCGACUCUUGUCAGAAAUGCGAGCAGCCGUUCUUCUGGAACUUUAAACAGAUGUGGGACUGCAAAAAGAUCGGCCUGCGCCAGCAUCACUGUAGGAAGUGCGGCCAGGCCGUGUGCGGCAAGUGUUCAUCCCAGCGCUCCACCAUCCCUCUGAUGGGCUUCGAGUUCCAGGUGCGAGUGUGUGACGAAUGCCACAAAUCCAUCACUGAUGAAGAGCGAGCACCAACUGCAACAUUCCAUGACAGCAAACACACCAUUGUGUAUGUUCACUACGAGCCAACCAGGAGCUGGCUGCUGACCUCUGGGACGGACAGGGUCAUCAAGCUAUGGGACAUGACGCCUGUGGUAUCCUAAAGAUCACUACAGCACUCACUGCACAGGAUGUACACCACAGAGAUAUAAUGACCUUGAUGAUAUCCAAGGGGUGUGUGUGUGAGAACAGGUGCAGUCAUGUUCCAGUGGGCCAAUUCUCUUCAUACUGUGUAAAUACUUAACAUUUGUCAAGUCUUGUACCAUAUGUGAACAUUACAAUGCACUUUUAGAUUAACAAAUGUACCGUUUUGACAUGUUUUCAAAGAAAAUGCUUGUAUUUGUGUGUCUUUACAUGUGGAGAAAAAAAAUCACAAAUAAAAGAACUAAUUGAU